CUGCGUGGUGCGGAAGGUGAGGCGCUGUCAUGGAAGACACUGCAGCGCCGGGGCAGACUGAGGGAGUCCCUGAAAACCAAGUUCAGUCGGCGACAGAUCGGGGAGGAGCCCUGGUGGAGCUCACCCCGACCCCCGGCGGCCUGGCCCUAGUGAGCCCCUACCACACCCACCGGGCCGGGGACCCCUUAGACCUCGUGGCGCUCGCAGAGCAGGUGCAGAAGGCUGAUGAAUUUGUCCGAGCAAAUGCCACCAACAAGCUGACAGUGAUCGCUGAGCAAAUCCAACAUUUGCAAGAACAGGCCAGGAAGGUAUUGGAAGAUGCUCGCAGAGAUGCUGACUUGCACCAUGUAGCUUGUAAUAUAGUGAAAAAGCCUGGCAACAUUUACUACCUUUAUAAGCGGGAGAGUGGUCAGCAGUAUUUUUCUAUUAUUUCUCCAAAGGAAUGGGGAACGAGUUGUCCACAUGACUUCCUUGGUGCCUACAAACUACAGCAUGACUUGUCCUGGACUCCAUUUGAGGACAUUGAGAAGCAAGAUGCUCAAAUAAGCAUAGUGGACAAGUUGCUAAGCCAGCCAGUGGCCCUGCCUCCAAGGCCUGAGCCCAACUUCCAGGGACUGACUCACUGAGAAUGGACUCUGACAAAGAGCUCUCACGGCAAGGACUGUCACCUCCUUGCCUCCUUGUUGCCCCCAUUCUCUGCCUUGAUGGGAGAUGGCAUGAGAAUUGAUGAUGUGUAGGUGAAUCAUGAACUUCUUGGAAGGAGACCCUGUGUGAUUGUAAUGCUGUCAUUAUUAGUUUUAGUUGGGAUGGUAAUGAAUCACAUUAGUCUUUUGGGGGAUCCUCUCUGGGUCACAGAUACCCAACCAGAUAGUUUCGGCGUCCUGGCCAGUGUACUUUCCUUCUCCUUUGUCUCCCUCUGUUCUCCUCCUAAGUUAGAGCAUUAAAGAAGAGUUUCUUGCCAUAAAAAUGUUGGUAAGGAU